AAGGCUGGCUGUCUAACAAUACAAGGAUGCCCUUUUCGGCGCGGAAGUUUGUUGAUUGCCCCCCUGGCCUGGGCUCGGCCUAUCGAUGUGGCGUGGGAGGUAUCGUCGCAGCGCGCGACGAAUGUGCGACGACUGUUGGCUCAGGAUGAAUAUUGGUACGCUAAAGUCAUCUCCCUUGCGAGAACGAGCAAUGAGGACGGGGGGCGCAGGAGCGAGCACGAGAGGGGCCUGAUCGUGGUGCCCGGAGGGGGGAGGUGAUCGUGGAUUGAUUGGGGCUACCGCACUUUGUUCUUCCCAGCUCAAACGGAAUUUUUGAGUGAGGCCAUUACUUGGCGAUGCCGCGGUCUCCAAGGUGCAGUACUCGUUCAGUGCUCGUACGGUACCGCACUGCUGGUAACCCGCGGUACGGCGCUCCGCUCACUACGAUACCGGUACAGAGGGACACAUUGCUUUACUGCACUGCACGGUAGAGUCUCCAGAGGGAAUUUAUUCAGCAUGUAUUGUACCAUACGAGUACAAUACACUACGGUACACAAAUCAGGGUAUUUCUCCAUUCAGAAGAAAGAGUUCCAUGUUUGUCCCGGCUGGUUCUCCUCCCUUUGCAGGAAAAAUAACCAUCUCACUCACUCGCUCGUUAUUUAUUCAUUUACUCACCUGUUCGCUAAUCCGUAUGGGUCGCUGACUGCCUCCCGCGUUCUUUCGAUCCCCGCCCCUCCUUUGAUACCGCAUGGUACGUACUUGGCCCACCUACCGUACCCAGCCAACACUUCCCUUUCCCCUCCACCCUUUCCCCUCCACCCUUCCCCCUUCCCUCCUCUCCCCACCCUUUCUUUGCAUUGAGCCGUAAACUGCGGACGUAGCACCGCAAACCGCCAUUGGUGGUCCUCCCACCCGCCGGCUCCCUCUUCACCUCGAAUCACGCUGCCUCACCCAUUCUGUCACUCGUUGAUUCGUCCUUGUCGUUCUUUACUUUUUUAGUUCUUUAUCCCGUCUAGCCCUCAGCGGCUCUCGCUGCCUUUCACCUUCUCCAUCUCCGGACGCUAACUUUCUUUCCCUCACUGUAUGUAGCCCAUGUUUCAAUCCCCCUUGCUGCCCUUAAUAUCGACUGCCUUCCCAUCUCCAGUCACCCCCCCUGAUAUCGUGGAAGAGAAGGGUCUCGUCGUGCCGUCCAAGGGUGAUUAGUAUCCGGCCAUGUAUCUUGACCGCCCCUUGGUUCUCCGCGCACUGCUUGUGCUUUCACUUUUUGGUGGAAUUGCUCUAUCCAGAGGGGAGAACAUACAUCGCCGUCAAGAUGGAAAUGUUGCGGCGACGGCUUCAAACAAUAAACCUUCACCCUCAACGGAUUCCGAGGUUCCAAAUCAGACAUCUAUCUCUCGUGCAGCCACAAACACGGGUUCAAAUGCUCCAUCGCUUACAGGAAAUGCUCAGAGCUCGGGCUCUAGCUCGGCCUCUGGGGGAAGAAAUGCUGAUGAGACGAUCAAGAGUUCCCCCGCACCUACUAUGGCCGAGAGUGGGGACAACUUGAGCUCAAACAGUACGGGUGAGUUCUUUUGUUUUCUUUUCCCUCCAAUCUGUUAUCAUCGAUAUGGGCUUUGUCUGGAACCAUGAUAACUAACUAACCUCUUGAUAGCAAACUCGGCAGAUGAGAUUUACCGGGGAGGUUUGCCGAUAAACCCUAUGGUGACGCCAGGGAUUGCAGUUGCGGGUGUAUUGCUCUUACUUGCUGGUGUACCAUAUUGUUUAAUUGGAAUUAAAAUCAAAUUGUAGGAAAUAUUUGUUUGUCUGAGGGGGUACGAUAUCCACUGACAGUGUUUGGGACAGUCUACAUAUUUUCCUGUCUACAGCUUUGCUAGCCAGUUUGGGUGUCACAGUCCUAGUUGUCUACGUCAUGAAUCCACCGGUUAAAUUCGCGAUCCAGGGGGCCUAUGUAACCGCUGCAACGAUCACGGGCCUUCUGACAGGUUGCCUGGCUGUUGUAUUUCCUGAAGUCACAGAAGCGCUGGGUUGUUUGCUGGGCGGCUUUUGUGUUUCCAUGUGGUGUUAGUGCCCUGCUUCCCGUAGGGUGGCUGGCCAUGCUUUGCUAACCCAAUCGACAGUUCUUGUAUUGAAGCCCGGGGGGCUUGUACCAUCAGUUUACGGCAAGCUUAUACUGAUUGCUGUCUUUUGUUUUGCACUUUUUGCUUUGGCAUUUCACCGGCUUACCAGGCCAUACUCCUUAAUGUUUUCCCUUUCCUUUUCUGGGGCAACGGCAAUAGUUCUAGGAAUCGAUUGCUUCUCCAGGGCUGGCCUCAAGGAAUUCUGGCUUUAUAUUUGGGGUAAUGAUCGAGCCUUCUUUUCUUCUUUUUUUACCCCUUUAGGGUUAGCCUGACCGUGGGUAGAUGCUGACUGAUGACAGCCCUUAAUGAUAAUAUUUUCCCCUUGGAGACCAACAACUAUCCACAUACCCGUGGUAUUAGGGUUGAAAUUGCUGUCAUCGUUCUCAUCACAGGUUUCGGUAUUAUGUCGCAGGUCAAGCUUUGGAACAUUCUCAAGGAGCGACGGGAUGCUAAAGACGCUGAGAAGCGAAGACAAGACGCGGAUAUCGAGGCUAUGGAUGCGGAUGCUGGGUUAAGGGUUGAGGGAGAGCACAAAUUGGAGCGGGAACAAUGGGAGGCAACCUUUGGGCACAAAAAGGCAGAUGGGGUCAUGUCUGACGAGAGGCCGGCUACUGGAAGGAUAAGCCGAGCGGACUCCGGACUUGGCGAUGAUGUGGGUUACGGGAAAAAUAGCGUUGACAGGACUGAGGAAUUUGUUGAGACCAAGGAAAUGAAAAGAGAGCGUGAGGAGCAUAUUCAGAUGGCCCAAAUGGGAGGAAGCAGGUCUCAGUCGAUGGACGCAUCUGGAGGCGGCACUAUGAAAAGUCAAGGGUCUCCAAAUCAGAACCAAGCAUCCGAGGAUGUCGACAAAAUUGAGCCCGUUGAAAGCUUGGAUGCUCCGAAACAUGAGGAGGUCCUCACCCCUGGAACUGUUUCAAGACGCCAGUCAUCGCAGUCCAUCGCUCCGAGUUAUUCGAAUCAGCCCACCCCCCAACGGCUCUCUUCUCAAUCUGCGGUGUCGCAGGAGGCCGCUGUCCAAAGGCCUGAUGUCCCACCGCCACCUGUGGUGAUCCCCCUUCCGGUCCCGAUCCCGGUUGAGGCAGAAAACGACGAUGACGACGAAGCAUCUUCUCUCGCUACAUUUUCUGGAUCAGAUCGGAUUAUCAGCCAAGAGAUAGAUGAGGAUGCUCUCAGGUCAGUGGUCAAGAUGGCUGACGAGGAAGACAAGGCUUCCAGUGUAGCAGCAACCCUCGACGACAACGAGGAUGAGAUGGUCGACCCCGCGGAAAAUGAUUUCUCGCAGAUCAAGGAGGCUUCGCAUGAGGAUACCCCCCCACAUACACCACCGGUCGAGAUUGAAGUGGAGGGAAUGCUUGACGAGUCCCGCAAUGGAGAUCUGAAUUCAGGUCUGGUCGAAGAAGAGACGCCGGCGGUGGCUGAGAAUAAAUCCGUAGGAGCGGAAGCGCCGGAGUCCGGGGGGAGUGAUACACCUGUAGAGGGUGCUGAGAAAGACCCCGUCACCGAAGAUCACUCGAAGGGAACUGAUUCUCCUAAUAUGACCGCUCUUAUUGCGCCAACUUCCAUCUCCACAUCUCCAAGCGCCUCGCCACCGUUAGCAGUUUCCACAACCCCAGUGGAUCCCGCCCAGAUACAGAGAGAUUUGACACCAGCAUCAACCCCCAAGCCCAAGUCAAGUUCACCCUCACCACCCGGCCCGGAAACACAGCUCCAGGCAAAGUGCUCAAAAGUCGUGAAGAAUUAUCGAACGAACGAAUGGGCCAAACAUCUCGCGGAUGCUGAGCUGCCUGAACUGGACAAAUUGGAAGAAGCUCCCGAGGUCACCGAUGCUCCCAAAGAGACCCCUGCGCCAGUCCAUAUUGAGGAACUCCAGGAGACCGCAGCUAUUAAGCCGCCUGCACCUCCAAGACCAGUCUCUAAAUUAUCUAACCGCGAGAACCCAGGCCCUGCGCCAGCUCCAGCUAACCGCCCAUCUGUACAGCUAGGAAAAUCACGCACCUCUGUUCGUAUGAGCUCUGCGCCGAAUCCUUUACCAGAGAGUGUUUCGCCUAUUGAGCGCUCCAUUUCGCCCAGUGGCAGAACAACGCCGAUGCCGUUUACACAAAAUACUCUGAUUGGAAAACGCGAGAGCAUGGUUCGAAGCAGACAGAGCUUCAAUGCUCUAGCCGAGUACGGGCCAAAAUCUUCCUCCCCGACCCCACAGUCGUCCCCGGAGCCCAAGCAUCAGCAGCGUACGGCGACCCCUGUUCCGGGUGCACCUUUCGUCCCUCAGCGCCAAUCUACGGGCCCAUUUUCUCAACUUCCCACAAGUGAUCAUAAGUCUGCAUAUCAGUAUCGACUUAGCAUGCUUGAUGAUGAUAUGCCUUUGGCUGAUCGCCGCAACGAGCUCCUUCAACAUGUCGUGCCUCAGGCCGGUGGUGCACCGGUGUCUCAACAACAACAGCAACGCCGCAGUCUUCCGUCUCAGGUAGAUAGGCGUGAGGCUAUGCUCAAGAAUUGGCGUGAGACGGUAAAGGCCGAGCUCCAGACAUCUAGCCAUACAACUCACGCUAUCCAAGAGAGGAGGGGUGAAAUGUUGAACGAAAGGAUGCAAUCGAUUCAGAAUGAACGUCAUAAGAGUUUGAAGGAAAACUUUAGGGAUGAGAUGUUUGACGAGAGGAUGCGGCAGAAGGAUAUGCUCGACCUACACAAGGAGGCUAUGAGGAGGAUGCAAGCGAAUGCGAACAAGCACAUUUAGGAAGACGUCCUACUCGGGGUGUGCGAGAAAAUAGCCUCUGCUUUCUUUUCCAUCUGGCGUUUUGGCAGAUUUAUGGUUUCAAGUACAUACUUUAACGUGAGCGUUGCAUGAUAGCUGAUACCUAUCAUACCCGGAUGGGAUUCUUUUCUCUGUCACCCCCACUCCCAAAUUGGUAGCGUAGGUGAUGGUUAGCUAUUUUGGAGCCCGAUCGGUUUCUUUUUCUUCAUUUUUUUCACAAGGACACCUCUAUCUUGCUAGAAGAGUUUUUUUGAAGUUCUGUCCGUUGGCUCUUUUUUUCCCCUCCUGUUGAAAAUCUCGCCCAGCUUAUAAGGGGGGGUUUCUGUUAAUUCCAUUCAUACCCUUUUCCCACCUGUCGUACCUACCCACACCCCUUCCCUUUAUACUCACCCGAGUGCUGCGAUAUCCUCAUUUUGAGGAGAGGUAUGUGAGAAGAGGGGGGGAGAAAAGGAUGAUACUGUUUUUUGCUAGUCUGUAAUUUUGCAUGUUUAGUUACUAGCGAUUGUCGGAUAUGGCGCUGUUGCUACCGGUAGAUAGAUUAAUGAAGUUUGAGAGGGGAGGAGGUUACGACUCUG